GCUUAUGUCUUGUAAUGAAACUACUUUUGGAUAUUGAUUGGUCCUAUGAGGAACGCGGGAGUGCAGCAAUGAAAGGAUUCGCAAUUCUCUUCUUCCUGGCACCUUUCGGCUUCCUGGCUCAGGCCGGACUGGAAGGCAUCCGACCCCUCAAUGUCGUGAUGUCUGCGAACCCAGCACACAAGGCACAAAAAUCAAGCACUGUACUUUUCCCUGCACCUAAGAACGUCACAAAAGCCCAAACAGCAGAUUUUUCUGAGAAAGUUUAUGUGCCAGACGCAGGUCGCAUUACCAAUGGUUACACUGCAAGCCGCAGCCAGUUCCCAUGGCAGGUCUAUCUUAUAAUUGACGAAGCCUAUUUCUGUGGUGGUUCUCUCAUAUCUGAUAAGUGGGUCCUCACUGCUGCACAUUGCACUUUCAAUUUUGCUUCAUUUGAUGUGGCACUUGGAGCUAACCGUGUGGAUAUUACAGAGAGGGGUUCACAGUUUCUCUCAUCACGUACUAGUUUCGUGCACAGCGAAUACAAUCAGUCCACAAUCGACAAUGAUAUUGCUGUAAUCAGGUUGCCACAACCUGUAGAUUUCACCCUUUACAUCAUCCCAGUGAGACUGCCCACUCGCUCUCAAGCAAAGCUAACCUUUCUCAAUGAGAAAGUCCAAUGCAGCGGAUGGGGCAAGAUUUCUGAUCCAUCUCCAGAUAUUUCCAGCACACUUCAGUAUGUGGAUUUAUCAGUUAUAAGUAACGAUCUAUGUGCGACAACUUUUGAUAUUAUAACUGACGCCAAGAUAUGUGUCUCAACAAUUGAUUAUAAAAGCCCUUGCAAUGGUGACAGUGGUGGGCCACUAGUAUUCCAGGAAGAUGAUGGCCGUUAUACUGAGAUUGGCGUCGUUUCUUUUGGUCACAUCGGUGGUUGCGAGUUGGGAUACCCUGUUGCUUUCACCAGAGUCACCAGUUACCUGGACUGGAUUGAGGAAAACACUGAUAUCCAUAUUCGUGAUGCUGAGAAAAAGGAACAUGGACGUCAGAAAGUGGAUGCUGAAGAAAAUUAUUUAAAGAAGAGCCUCAUCACUUGUAGUCUUCACCAAAUACUGUUAAGGAUUACAGCAAUGGCAAGACAUGAUGAAUCAAUGUCAGCAAUGAAGGCAUUCCUAGCUGUGGCUUUCCUGGCAACACUUGGCCUUUUGGCUGAGGCCAACCUGGGGCACUUGAAAACCCGUGAUAUUGUGAUGCCUGUUAACCCAAAAUACACAGCACAAGAAUGGCGUGAAAUUAUGGCAGCACAGACAUCAAGCCCUGAAAAUAACACCGGUUACAAGAAGGGCACCAAACCACAACCAGACUUUGCCGGAAAGGUCCAUGUGCCUCUGGAUGAUAAACACCGUAUCACUGGAGGUAGUACCGCAAGUCGUGGUCAGUUUCCGUGGCAAGUUGCCCUCAUAAUUGAUGAUGCUUAUUUUUGUGGUGGUUCUCUCAUUGAUGAACUAUGGGUCCUAACUGCUGCACAUUGUGCUGGAAGCACAUACGAACUGAGACUGGGAGCUAAUCGAGUUGAUAGUAUUGAGAGUGGCGCAGUGGUAGUCAAUUCAAGAAACAGCAUUGUCCAUGGCAGCUACAAUGAAAACACCAUCAACAAUGACAUUGCAGUCAUCCGGCUUACCGCAGCUGUUAGCCUCAGCACAUACAUCAGCCCUGUGAGACUUCGCAAUUUGAAUUCAGACCUUGCUGGUGAAAGUACGCGUGUCAGUGGAUGGGGCAAAACUUCUGACAGUUCUAACAGUAUUAGCACCACACUUAACUAUGUGGACUUGACAGUCAUCACCAACACAGUGUGUGCAAACACUUAUGGUAAUAUCAUCACUGCCACAAAGAUCUGUGUUUCAACCCCCAAUGGCCAGAGCACCUGCAAUGGAGACAGUGGUGGUGCACUUACAUAUCUGGAGAGUGAUGGUCGCUACACCCAGGUUGGCAUUGUGUCAUUUGGUUCUUCAGCAGGUUGCCAGAGGGGUUACCCUGCUGCUUUCACCAGGGUAACCAGCUACCUGAGCUGGAUAUCAUCAAACACUGGCCUUAUUCUUUAAUGUCAAACAUAACCACAAUGAUACAGAAAGUUGGCAUGGAAUCACAUUAGCUCAAACAAUAACAUCAGUUUGAUUUUCCAUCUACAAAUUAAAUGAAUUUACCAUGAAUACUAAACAAUAAGAAGUGUGAGAUAAUUGUAUGACUCAAUAAAGAACUCUGACAA